CAUGAUUGCAGAUUGUUUCAAUGAGGGAUACACACCUUAGGGAAAGGCAUGUUUGUGAUGUGACACUAUGGGUGUCACAUGGCAGCGGUUUAUAAGACAUAUGAAAACUACUGCAGAUUCUGGUUGAAAGAUACCUUUGUGUGGAUGAUGUCCCGUUGUUUCCCUAUAGCUGAUAGGCCGUUUUGAGAACAGAAACAUAUACUGUAGGCUGAUGGACACCGACGAUAAGGACUGCUAUGCGGAAACCCCAACAGGAAGUCGAGCCAAAAAGUUGACAAAGCUAGUUAGCUAGCCGCGCAGCUGGUUAGCCUUUAUUUACGUCAGAGAGUGGAAGAAAUAACUUGAUGACAGCACAGUUAUGAGAAGGCGUGUGUGUAUUGCCAUAUGAGGUAAGGAAAAAAUGGGGCGGUGUUGUAGCCACCAAAACUACCUGAGAUAAGCUAGUAGUGGUAGGGGUGUGUAGCAAGCUAGCUAACGUUAAUACUGCUGUGAUUGAUGAUAAGCCAGAGGUUAGCGUUCAUCACACUGACUGGUCAAGCUCACAGAUAAACACCCAACAUGGAGGAGUCCAGCAGCAGCAAGCCGUUCAUGGUGACGUCGUCUCUGAACUUCAAAGUCACCACCCCGUCCUUCUACAACCAGCCAAAGAAGUUUGCCUCUGUGGCCCCGCCGCGGUCCAAGAGUGUGACCCCCCCCUCGGGUCCAUCACCCACACCUGUAGGCACGGCUGUGAUUGGUCGAGUGGGAGACCUUCCUCCGCCGCCCCCUUCGCUCUGUGAUGACUUCCCCCCUCCUCCCCCUCCUCCUCCACUGGAUGAUGAUUUGCCAGCCCCUCCCCCCGAAUGUCAACCCUCUUCCUACGAGGCGGCCUCUCCUGAAUUCCCCGCUCCCCCUCCAGCGGUGGAAGACCUGUCGCUCCCAGCUCCCCCCGAUGACUUCGCCCCCCCGCCGUCCUUACCGUCUCCCCCUCCUCCCCCACCCCCUCCCCCUCCCCCUCCACCUCCACCCCUCUUUGCCUCUGGUAUUCCUAGUGCUGCUGGAAACCCACAGAGACUUGUGGAGAAGCAGACGAGCUUCGAUCAACAGCUGGACACUCUGACCGACUUACUGUCCGAGAUGGAGACCAGGGGACCUUUCAACCCCAAGAUACCAAGCCAGUAUUCUUCCGCACCAGCAACAGCACCCAAGCCUCCAGCUCCCCCCCCCACCGCCCCGAAACCAUCCCUCUCCUUCCUCCCGCCCCUUGAGAUGGGAGACCGCCCGCCUCCUGCUCCCUGGGCCGAAGAACUCAAAGCCAGAACGAACCGACACGCCAAUAAUCACAACUCUGGACCCAACUCCUCUCAGCCGCUCUCUAAAGCCCCCGCUGUGGCCCCCAAAGCUGCUUUCGGAGGGAGAACGGCCACUUCCUCAACCUCCCUGGCGCAGAAACUGAACCAGAACCUGAACCAGAACGCGGUUCCAGUCGCACCGAAGCCUUCCCCUGCCUCCAGCUCCUUCCCGCCGCCUCCCGCAGCCCCCCCCGCCGCUCCUGCUCCACCCAAAACCACGGCCCCCGCCCCGGCCUUCAACCACAUCAAGAGUUCUCCCUUCGCUGGUCAGAUGACUGCAAACCAGAACCCCCCCGCUGCGCCUGCUCCUCCUCCACCUCAGCCCAAGAUGAUGGCGUCUCCCUCCUCCUCCUUUAACCAACCAAUGAAAUCUCCUCCUCCUCCUCCUCAGCCCAAGAUGAUGGCGUCUCCCUCCUCCUCCUUUAACCAACCAAUGAAAUCUCCUCCUCCUCCUCAGCCCAAGAUGAUGGCGUCUCCCUCCUCCUCCUUUAACCAACCAAUGAAAUCUCCUCCUCCUCCUCAGCCCAAGAUGAUGGCGUCCCCCUCCUCCUCCUCCUCCUCCUUUAACCAACCAAUGAAAUCUCCUCCUGCAGCAACACCCUCACCCUCCGGCCCAGUGGCUAUCCCAGGUGGAGGCGUCCCUCUGAAUAUGAGGGAGGUGGAGGAGCUGGAGAGGAUGACCAAGGACUUCAUCAGAGACAUGGACACAAACGCACCCGUCAUCACCUCCCCACCGACAGAGAUGUGUGGGAAGUGUGGCGAGGCUCUGUCCCGCACCCAGCCGGCCGUCAGAGCCAUGGAGAAACUCUUCCACUCCGACUGCUUCUGCUGCCUGAGCUGCCAGCGCCCCCUGCAGGGCCUGCAGUUCUAUGACCGCGACGGGGCCCCCCAGUGUGAUGACUGCUACACGAGCUCUCUGGCGGUGUGUUCCCGCUGCGGGGAGAGGAUCACAGACCGCGUGCUGAAGGCAGUGGGCCAGUGUUUCCACUCUCACUGUUUCCGCUGCAGCACCUGCUCCUGCUCUCUGGAGGGGGCGCCCUUCAUCACCGACGACAACAACAACCCCUACUGCGUCCCGGAUUACCACAGGUGUUUCUCCCCUCAGUGUGUGAGCUGUAACGAGCCCAUCGUGCCCUCCCCGGGCAGCGAGGAGACGGUCAGAGUGGUCGCUCUGGACAAGAACUUCCACCCUCAAAGUGUUACCCGUUGUGGAGGUGAGAACAUUUAAACUCAAGGUGUUGUCAAAAUAAACCUCACAUAAUGUUCAAGGUUCCAGGCUUUUAUUGUCAGGUGUGCAUAGCUACAGUGUAGUGAACAUCUUAGGUCACAGGCUCCUCCUACAGUGCAACACAAUAAACAGAUAAAUAGUGCAAGUAAAUAAAAUAGAAUAUAAUAGGAAAUAGUGCAGAAUAGUAUAUAUACAAGUAAUUGGAAUAUUGAUAUGAGUUGCAAACAGAUGAAUGUUAUGGAUGUUCUUUCAACAGUGCAGGACUUAUGGCCUGUAUUAUUCAAUCUAAUAUUCCAUUGCUCACAUACUUACGUAUAUAUAAUAUCCCGCUUUAUAUUUUGUUACGGUACAUUUGUAAUUCAACAUGUAUAUUUUCAACUUUUUUUUAAUGCUAUUGUAUUUCUAUUGAGAUGUUUACAUGUUGAAAUGUUUAUUUCUAGUCUUUUAAUUUUGUAUCGUACAAUACCAUGUCUUUUAUGCUGCUGCAAACGCAAAACAAAUCGCAAAUUGGUAUCAAUAAAGUACUUCUUAUCUUAUCUUAGUAAAUAACCUGCUAAUAAACACAUCUGUGUGUCUGUCCUGCAGGAUUGUGCCCGCCCUCUCUCCAUAGAAGCCGAUGAAAAUGGCUGCUACCCAUUGGAUGGCAAGAUCCUGUGUAUGAAGUGCCACACCCAGCGAGCCAAGCAAGCUGCGCAGUGAUUGGCUGAAGCGGCGUUACUCUCCGAUUUAACUAUGAACCAAAAUCCAAAAGCACGGGAUUCAUCCAGCGGCCCUUUUGCCUUGGCAGCAGUCAUUCAGUGUACAUGUGGCAGGUGUGUGUGUGUGUGUGUGUGUGUGUGUGUGUAUGUGCGUGGAGCAGUGUGUCUGCAUGCAGAUCCAGAGUAGUAUUCCCCUCGUCUUUGUUCUCUUCAGUGCAGAAGUAAUGUACUGCAUUGAUUUCCAUCUUUUAUCCCCCAACUCAUCUAGCCCUCUUUGUGUACAACAACGUAUUUUUUGUGCCAAUUCCAUGUUUACGCUAAACGUUUCCAGCAUAACUUGCACAAGAACAGUCAAAAGAGCAGUCUGAAGAAUAUAAAGUUGCCUUCUCGCGCCUCGAUAUUGUAAGUAGCAACAAGAAAUUGCCAUUUUAAGCGGGCGGUCUCUGUCCCUGUGAGCAUUGUAACGAAGAUGCUUUUUUACCAUAGGCUGAGAAGUACCACAUUUGACCACUCUGCAGAUUUCACCACUCCGAUUGGCUGCUGGUUGAGAAUAUCUUUAACAUGUUGGCAGUUUUUGUGCCUGCACGCAUGGUUAAUGAUGCUUUCCCCUGCCUAGAGUGCUUCAUGUCAGCCAAUCUACUCCGACAGCAUCUUAAAGACGUCUAGGGCUAAUCAUUAACUGCAAAAAACAAAAACGGGGAUUGUUGCUCUUAGUUUGUGAUGUGAAUUUGAUCAUUUACAGGCAUGCGUUUUCACUAUGUCUCGUAGCUUUCUCUCCUUCAAUCAUACACACCGUAAAAGGGCAAGAUCAGAACAAAAAUGAGUCCCUUGAGUAUUUUUACAUGCAUGCUUUUUGAAUGCACAAUUAUGAACAAGCACAGAUCCCAUUCAACGGGUCUAAUAAAAACAAAAUGGUUAUGAAUGCCAGCUGCACGGCUGAAAACAGGACCUAUCAUGUGAUCGUUGCACAUUUCCACAGUGAAAUAAAAAAGCCUUUGAGUGUCGCUUUGACUCUAAAGCCCCCGCACAUGAUACAUUUUGUAUUAGUGGUAACCAUCUAGACAUACUAGUAGCUUUUGAUAUGCAUCUCUUGCUUUAAAUAUUAUAAUUUAUGGAUUCUUUUUUAUUAAGUAUUAAGGUUAUGUGUACAAAACAACCUGUCCUUACAGUAGAAUAAUAGAUUAGCAUAUGAUGCAAAUUAGUGACCAAUUAUGUUGUAGCUGGAAGUUAAUAAAACACGUUACAUGAGAUUCAAUGUCUGACUUUCAUGUAUGUUCUUAAUCACCUUCUUGUGUUUGAGCCCAGUUUAUUUUUGGUUUAUUGUAUUGUUAAAGUAAAUACCACUAUUAUUUCCAUUAUUCAUCUUUUUUUACUCUGUUCAUGUCGGUAUAUUCUACUUUAUUCCUAUCUUACUGUACUGUAUUUCGUUGAUAAAUGCUUACAAUGAUUCCAUUCUGACCCUGGAGACCUGCCUUCUCUGCUGUUGUUUCUCUGAGUUGAGCCUACAGAAAUUCAUUCCACACAGAAAAACACAAAACAUGGCAACAGUGAUUGAGCGUUGCAUGCUAUCUGUGUCAGUGGUGGUGUUUCCUCCAGUGUUUCCUCUUCAGUCUGCACCGCCCGCUCCGCCUUCGUCAUCACUCUGAGAUUUGAUAAUGCUUUCAUGGUUGCAUUUAUCUGGCGUUCUGUUAUGUUUGUCAUAUUGUAUUACAUGCGGAUGCCUUGUCUUUUCAUAUAACUUUUUUAAAAAGGAAUUCCUGUUUGAUAUGUGUGUAUGUGUUUAAAAUCCUUAUUUAGCCCCCCCCUCCCUUUGACUGUAUCAAAAGAUAAACAAAUAAAUAAAUACAAUGCUAAA